AUGACUGGAAUAUUUCAGCUGUUGUUACUGGUCAGCGUGACCGUGGCCUCCGAGCCAUCGUGUCCAGCGUGCUCCAAAUACGACUACGAAGAAAAGGUUCUCGAGAGAAUGAUUCGCAUGGAGUUCGCUUUUGAGAAUGUGUUAAAGGAGAACAAGGCUACCAGCAGUCUGUCCACAGGUGAGAUGAUAGUUUACAAGACAGUGGAGACCAACCACGGAAGCGGCUACAGCUCCACCACUGGCAAGUUCACAUCUCCAGCACGGGGACUCUACUUGUUCUCCAUGCACACAUGUACGACUGCAGACAAAUAUGCUUUUCUCACGUUAGUGAAGGAAGGCUCAGUCCUGAUUGCAAGUGUACAUUAUGAUAAGGACUAUAAUUCCUGUUCUAGUAGUCAGGUGUUUGUACAGCUUGAUGCCGGGGAAACUGUCUGGGUACAAUGCUCCUAUGGGGGCUCGACCAUGCAACUGUAUGAUAAUCAGUCUUACCGUUGGACAAGUUUUGGCGGUGCUCUCAUUCACAACUGA